UUGUACUAGAUAACUUGGGAAAUGGAAAAAAGCGACUUGACUUACAACACUGGGGACAGUUUUGUUGCAGAAGAAGAAUUUGAUACAGGAAAUAUAACUCUAAAGUCUAAAAAGUGACAUUGAAAUGGCAAUGUGGAUUCUUCUGAUAAGUCUUUGCUUCAGAUCAAAUUAGAAACCAUCACCACAACGACACAGCAUGCGGUACGUUUCCUUCACCUCAGAGUGGAUUAAUGGAUUAUAUCGCUUCUUGUGUCACAAGAUGAGAAAAAGAAGUUAAGAGUGACUUUACAUGGUGCUGUGAAUAGUUACUGCAGAACGCUGCAACUUUUCUUCCAUAAGAUCAGCGGGAAGCAGAGGAUCAAACUUGUAAUGACGGAUUCUGAAAACGGAAGUUUCUUUGACACAUCUCUGCAUUUAUUAUAUUUCCGUUAUGGCACUUCGUGAGGAUGUCAUUUUAAAUAGACUGAAAAUAACUUUUUGUAUCCGGUUAAAUAAUACAACAGCGUACAAAUAAAUGUUUUGCGUGGGUUUAUCAAGUUUUCGUUUAUCCGGAUAACCAUUUAUGGGAGUUAAAAACACGUUUUUGUUUUUUUCAAGGAAAUGCGGACGCCUACUGGCUACAUAAAUACCGCCAUAGGCAUUUGUUUUUUUGCUUGAAAGGACUAAUAACGAAUUUUUGGGCGCUUUGCAGGAGGAGCUCUCGAAGAGAGAAGCACCACAUCUGUUUCUUGGAUCAUGGUCAUGGAAAACAUGCAGAGGUCUGCGGUUCUGCUCUGUGUCUUGGCUGUGGGACUUGCUUUCUGUGGAAUUUCGUCUGCCUCAGACAGAUAUGUGUCCUUGAAUGAACACCAAACAGACAAUACCACCUUGUCAGCACACCUUCACCCCAAGCUAUACUUUGAUCAGACAGAAUUGCGUUUGAUGAAACAGAGGGCCACCACCACACAUAGACACGUAUUUAAAGUUAUUCGGAAUGCUGUUUCUGUUAUGUUAUCCAAUGCAGCUGUUUACCAGCCUCCGGUGAGCCAUGAGGAUUUUGGCAAGAAAUGGAAUGAGAUUUAUGGUAACAAUUUGCCCCCUCUUGCAUUAUACUGUCUGCUUCAACCUGAGGAUGCUACUGCCUCUCAGUUUUUGAUUGAGUACAUGGACCGAAUGGUGGAGUAUCCAGAUUGGACGGUGUCCAGUGCGCCAAAUGAUGAGGUUCCCAUUGCCCACUCCCUCACUGGAUUUGCCACGGCAUAUGAUUUCAUUUACACCUUUCUUGACACCCGCAGAAGACUGCGAUAUCUCAGGAAAAUACGAUCUGUUACUGAGGAGCUUUUCGAGCUUUCCAAGCACAGAGGAUGGGGGAAGCAGUUUCUACAGAACCACCAGACAACUAAUAUACUUGCCAUUCUCAUUGGUGCUCUUGUGGCAGGGGAACAUAAUGAUCCAGAGACCAUGAUAUGGAAGCAAAUAUCAGUGAACUACAUGGAAAAGACCAUGUUCCUUCUCAGCCACAUUGUCGAUGGCUCUCUCGAUGAGGGUGUUGCGUAUGGUAGCUACACAGCAAAAUCCAUCACUCAGUAUGUUUAUUUAGCAUUGCGUCAUUUUCAAAUUGACAACUCACAGAACAACUGGCUCAGAGCUCACUUCAUGUUUUACUUUGCUACACUGCUUCCUGGAUUUCAAAGAACGGUUGGCAUUGCAGACUCCAAUUACAACUGGUUCUAUGGGCCAGAGAGCCAGCUUGUAUUUCUGGAUGCAUACGUGAUCCGAAAUGGCUCAGGAAACUGGCUGGCAGAGCAGAUUAGGAAGCAUCGUCCUAAAGAUGGACCCAUGAUGCAAUCAGCAGCCCAACGCUGGGCUACUUUACAUACAGAAUACAUAUGGUAUGACUCUGCUUUAACUCCACAGCCUCCACCUGACUUUAACAAAGCAACUAUGCACAUUUUCUCCAACUGGGGUGUGGUGACGUAUGGGGCAGGGUUACCUCAAGCUCAAGGUAAUACCUUUGUGUCAUUUAAAUCUGGAAAAUUAGGAGGGCGAGCAGUGUAUGAUAUUGUCCAUGCACAACCUUACUCUUGGGUAGAAGGCUGGACGAACUUUAACCCCGGGCACGAGCACCCUGAUCAAAACUCCUUUACUUUUGCUCCAAAUGGACUGGUGUUUGUUUCUGAGGCCUUGUAUGGUCCUAAAUACAGUUAUCUUAACAAUGUGCUGGUAUUUGCCCCCUCACCCACCAGCCAGUGUAUGCAGCCAUGGGAAGGACAGUUGGGGGAAUGUUCAAAGUGGCUACGAUGGGGAGAAAAGGAAGUUGGGGAUACUGCUGGGGAGGUCAUUGCAGCUUCAUCACAUCAGGACAUGUUGUUUGUGAGUGGAGAGUCUGUGUCGGCCUAUUCAUCUGCCAUGAAGCUAAAAAGUGUGUAUCGAGCACUUGUGCUCCUCAACUCUCAAACAUUACUUGUUCUGGACCACAUUGAGAAACACAAGCUCUCCCCUCUCAGUUCUCUCAGUGCGUUUUUUCACAACCUUGACAUUGAUUUCAGGUACGUUCCUCACAGAUCAUUUGGAAAAUACAAUGGGGCUCUGAUGGAUGUGUGGGAUGCACAUUACAAAAUGUUUUGGCUGGACGCUCAAGGGUCCAGCCCCAUUGCCAGGAUACAAGAGGCAGAACAGGCUGCUGAAUUCAAAAAGAGAUGGACGCAGUACAUAAACGUGACCUUUCCCAUGGAGAACACUGUCACUAGAGUGGCUUAUUUGAUGCAUGGCCCAUACGUCAAGGUCUCGGACUGUAGAUUCAUAGACAACAGUAAAAAUGGAGUCAAAAUAUCAGUGACUCUUAAUGACACAGAGACUGUUGUGUCCGUGGUAACAAACUACGAAGACAUUGAGGCCAGACAUGGCUACUUGGGCUUUGCAGGCUUUGCUAAAACAGAAGACAACAGAAGAGUAGUUCAGUUUGGCCGGGGAAUUCAAACCUUGCCAAGUCAAGAUGCAAAAGAUUUUGUGUUUGACUUUGGAUUGCUGGUAAACCUCUCUGCGGCGCUGACUUUAUGUUUUGCUUUAGCUUUCGUAAUGAAAAAAAGGAAGUUUCAUGUGUCGUUCAAUAUGCUUAUUCAUUGCACUCUGGUCUGUGUGUUGUUUUUGUGGGUGACUGAACUUUUGUCUGUUUUUUAUGGCUGCGAACAGCUCUUAUGCAAUGUUAAGUCAAAAGACAGCAGCAUAUAUGAUGGAACAGACUCUAGCGUCCAUGACCUGCUCCCCAUCAUCACGAUUACAUCCAUGCCGGGCUCAGGUGCAGAGAUCCUUCAGCACCUUUUCGAUAAUAGCUCUGAAUUUGUAUACCUUCGGGUCCCUUCAACCUACUUGCGGUUCCCCAUAUCUCCUUUCAUCUCUCUGGUGGACGCUUGCGAGUGGUCCAAAGCAGAUGCGCAAAAUGGACGAUUUCGAGUCAUUCAGGGGUGGUUCCAUUCCGUAGUCCACAAUGUGAAACUGCACCUGCAAAACAUUCAGUUGCAACAGAGCAAUGAUGAAACAGAGAACAAAGUAAAAGAAAAGGGACAAAGAAAGAGAAGGAUGCUGCUGUCAGAGCAAACAAGGACAGGGGGCGGCAAGGGUGCCCAUAUGGACAUUGCAUACAUACAAGAGCUCAGGCAGCACCUGGUGAAGUUCCCAAAUGCCCGGCCAGUGCUGAACAUGGGCAGUGGAGGCUGGUUCUUGAAGAUGCCGUAUCUCCAAGAGGUUAUAGGUCACUCACUUCGCUCAGUUCAUGUGGUCAGAGACCCACGUGCAUGGAUUUAUCUAAUGCUCUACAGCAGCAAGCCAAGCCUGUACUUACGUAAGAAUAUUAAAAGGCACAUUGUCAACAUUUUUAAGCAGAACAUUGAUGGUGUGGAUCAGGGUUGUGCUAUAGUGGACUCACAGUUCCUUUCUUUAAAGAAGAUCCUCUCCCAGCCAGAUCCCAACCCUGUACGUCUGCUAGCUCAGCUAUGGCUGGCUCACAAUUCAGCAGGGCUCAAGGUGAGCGCAAGCCUUCCCCCACAAACUUACCUUAUAGUCAAAUUUGAAGAUGUUGUAUAUUUUCCUGAAGAGACAGCAAGAAAGAUACAUAACUUUCUUGGAAUACCAGUUGCGCCAGCUGCGUUGAACCAGCUGACAUUUGCUACAUCUACAAAUCUGUAUAAUCUGAUAUAUGAAGAAGAUAUAUCACCUGCCAAAAUCAACAUGUGGAAGGAGAAUAUGGCUGUAGAUGAAAUUAAACUCAUUGAGGACACAUGCUGGCCUGUGAUGGAGAAGCUGGGUUAUAAAAGACAUAUAGUCCGUCAUUCUACUUUGUAAAUGUUUUAGCAUUUUUCAUACUGUGCCUAAAGAUUAUAUAAGUACAAUAUGUCAGUAUGAUUCCUCUAAAUGUUGCCUUCUCUGCAAUCAGUCAUAUGACCAGUUUUUUGUGCUCUGAUUCCAGUUUAUUUAAGCAAUGUUUAUGUAUUAUUUAAAUCUUCCAGACAAAACUGAGGCUAGAAUGUCUAGAUAUGCUAAAGAACAAAAAGUGAUUACUCACCAAUGAAGAUGGGGAACAGAUGCAAAACUUGGAUUACAAAUACAUUCAGUUUGACUGGAAGACAAAAUGAUGGUAUUUCCCACCAGAUGGGCGGCUCACAAUAUUUUCCAGUGUUGCAUUGUGAGAUAUGUUAUAAUUAUGUUAUUAUAAGUGAACUGAAUGUCAUUUCAUCGUCAUUUUUUUUAACCAAGAGAACUUAUUGAUUGAUUUAGAAGAGUAAUGUUUAAAAAUCCCAAAGUUGUGAGUCUGCCUCAUCUUCAAUUCUAAGAAAAAAUUGUAUU